CGCCGCCUGUCCCCGCCGAGGAGGCGCAGAAGCCGGAGAUGGCGGCGGUGCUGAACGCCGAGCGACUUGAGGUCUCCGUCGACGGCCUCACGCUGAGCCCCGACCCAGAGGAGCGGCCCGGCGCGGAGGGCGCCCCGCUGCUGCCGCCGCCGCUGCCGCCGCCCUCGCCGCCCGGGGCGGGCCGGGGGCCAGGCGCCGCGGGGGAGCAGCCGGCGCCCGGGGAGGCGGCGGCCGGGGGCGCGGCGGAGGAGGCGCGGCGGCUGGAGCAGCGCUGGGGCUUCGGCCUGGAGGAGCUGUACGGCCUGGCGCUGCGCUUCUUCAAAGAAAAAGAUGGCAAAGCCUUUCAUCCAACUUAUGAAGAAAAAUUGAAGCUUGUGGCACUGCAUAAGCAGGUUCUUAUGGGUCCAUAUAAUCCAGACACUUGUCCUGAGGUUGGAUUCUUUGAUGUGUUGGGGAAUGACAGGAGGAGAGAAUGGGCGGCCCUGGGAAACAUGUCUAAAGAGGAUGCCAUGGUAGAAUUUGUCAAGCUUCUAAAUAGGUGUUGCCAUCUCUUUUCAACAUAUGUUGCAUCCCACAAAAUAGAGAAGGAAGAGCAAGAAAAGAAAAGGAAGGAGGAGGAGGAGCGAAGGCGGCGCGAAGAGGAAGAAAGAGAGCGUCUGCAGAAGGAGGAGGAGAAGCGCAGGAGAGAGGAGGAGGAGAGGCUGAGGCGGGAGGAAGAGGAGAGGAGGCGAAUAGAAGAGGAGAGGCUUCGGCUGGAGCAGCAGAAGCAGCAGAUCAUGGCAGCUUUGAACUCACAGACCGCUGUGCAGUUCCAGCAGUAUGCAGCGCAGCAGUACCCUGGCAACUUCGAGCAGCAGCAGCUCCUCAUCCGCCAGCUGCAGGAGCAGCACUACCAGCAGUACAUGCAACAGCUCUACCAGGUCCAGCUUGCCCAGCAGCAGGCAGCCUUACAGAAACAGCAAGAAGUAGCAGUCGCAGGGGCUUCUUUACCUACAUCAUCAAAAAUGAAUGCAGUGGCACCAGGCGAUAGGAUGUCAGUUAAUGGACAGGCCAAAACUCACACUGACAGCUCAGAGAAAGAACUUGAGCCAGAAGCUGCAGAAGAAGCUGUGGAGAAUGGACCAAAAGAAUCUCUUCCAGUAAUAGCAGCUCCGUCCAUGUGGACACGACCCCAGAUCAAAGACUUUAAAGAGAAGAUUCGGCAGGAUGCAGACUCGGUGAUUACAGUGGGCCGAGGAGAAGUGGUCACUGUUCGCGUCCCCACUCAUGAAGAAGGAUCAUACCUCUUUUGGGAAUUUGCUACAGACAAUUAUGACAUUGGAUUUGGGGUGUACUUUGAAUGGACAGACUCUCCGAACACUGCUGUCAGUGUGCAUGUCAGCGAGUCCAGUGAUGACGACGAGGAGGAGGAAGGUAGAGCUCUUGGUCCCAAGUCUUUGCUUAACUUGAUGAAAGAAAACGUCAGUAAUGAAGAGAAAGCCAAAAAGAAUGCCACCAAGCCUCUGCUGGAUGAGAUUGUGCCUGUGUACCGGCGGGACUGUCACGAAGAAGUGUAUGCCGGUAGCCACCAAUACCCAGGGAGAGGAGUCUACCUCCUCAAGUUUGACAACUCCUACUCUUUGUGGCGGUCAAAGUCGGUCUACUACAGAGUCUAUUACACUAGAUAAAGAUGUUACAGAGUCUGGAGUCUAGGGUGGGGCAGAAGACAGCGUUUAGUUUGGAAUUUCUUUUGACUUUGUGGAGCAUUGCAGUCAGUGUUUACCCUAUUGAUUUUGGUCUGAUGGCUGGUGAACUCUUGUGGGGACUCAGGGUUCCCUUGAAACCCUUUAGCAUUAAUACUCUGGGGUUAGGGGAUUCCUCAGACCCCUCGAGCCCUUGGGUGCUGACCACCAGAGUCACUAGUGGAUGCUGAAGUUACAGGAGCUACAUGUUAAAUCUUUAAGGUCUCUAAAAUAAAACCUCCCCACAUUGACCCCACCUGACUGAUGGUGAGUCCAUGCUGCCUGCUCCAUGUGUUUUACGAGAGCCCGUAGUUACAGUGACCUCUGAUGGGAAAUCCUCAUGUCAGUAGUCUACCUGAGGUGCAGCUGACUUUGAGGAAGGUCAUCAUUUGUAAAAACUGAAAAACUCAAGACCUCACAGAUUAUAAUAGAAAAGUUGCCUCAAUUUGAAUUUGUUUUGAACAACCCAGAUUGUUUCUGCUUUGAGUGCAGCUUGUUCAGUUCAGAGUUGUAUUACAGAGAAUUAUUUUCCAAGAUCUUAAGAAUGUUCAAAGCUGAUUGUUAAUUGAACUAUGAAGACACCUAGAACACCUGAGACAUCUGUCUUAGCAAGCCUCUGCUUGGUCCUUUGCUCUUCCUCUGGUACUAGUACACUACCAGUAACAAAGCAGAAUUCCUUUUUGUCUCAGUUGGGCUUUAUCGAGCAUCUCAAAUUGAAACUGUUUUCUACACAAGCAUAUAGUUACGGGUUUUGUAAACUCAAAUUGGCACCUACUGAUUUAAAAUAUACAAUAUCACUUAAAUAUAAUUCGGUGUGUGGGGAAUAACAUUGCACUAAAUGGAAAUCACUGCCAGAGACAGUCCAUUUUCUUUUCAUGUGUUAAUACUUAGGUACAAACCCCUACACAAUUCCAGUUUGGAAUUGCUUACUAGAGAGAAUUGGAAAUGCAUAUGCCCAUGCUUAAAUUGUUUUAGAGCUUUAAUCUGUAUUGUCUUUAGAGAUGGGAAGAGGUACAUCUUUGUUUUCCUUACUGAAAACAAAUAUGGAUUAAUUGCCUCACAUUUGUAUAAGUGAUCGACUAGUGUAGAGAUUCUUGUUUUCAGAAGGGAGGGUGGUAUAGCUAGAAAGCGACAAAGACGGCAAUACACAUGUAAUGUUACUGUAUGUUGUUACUGAAAUACUUAGAUUUUUAUAAUUUCAAAUCAUAAAUCACUUCUCGUAGGAGGGUCUCUGUUGAUUAGCUGCGUUAUAUACAGUUCACUACGUAAGGGGCUGUUGGUUUUUGUGUGCUGCAUUUCUGUCUGUUUUUUAAUACCUGGUUUUGUACAUACCUAACUCUGUUCUCUUUUGGUUAUUCAGAAACUGGAUUAUUUUCUCCUAAGCAGUGCUUAAUUUGUGUUUUUUAAUUUUGAUUCACUAGUUCCAGCUCAAAGAUGUCCACACUGUUCUUCUGUCCAGAACACUUUCAGGCUCUCCAUCAGCUCUCAUGUAUAUAUGGUAUAGAAACCAUGGGGUUAGGCACUUCUUUGGCUUUUUUUUUUUUUUUUUUUUUUAAUGAGAAAAUACUGUAUUUAAAAUGUAAAAUAAACUUUUAAAAAGCAGGCACUAAUAUAUAUUUCUUCCAGCCUUUGAUUACAGAUUUGUCCUUGCACAUGUUAAGAUGAAUUAUCUUCUAAAAAUAUCAUUGUUCUUGGGAGCAGUGUAUGUCACUUUACAUAGCAGUGGUUCCUGUCAUGUGCUCAUGUCAGAACAUUUUUUUGGUUUUAAACUUUUUUAUUGCCUUUGGCUGUUGAUUAGUACAGUACAAGUGCGAUUUCAAAAAGAUCUUGAAAAUAAUAUAUUUAAUCAAUUAAAAUGUUUAUCUGUAACCCGUUGAUGUUUCAUUAAUACAGUUACUCUCUGAAGUGUUA